AUGAGUGCAAUAAGUUCAGUGUUCUCUUUAUAUUUCCCUGAAUACAUCUGGACAUUCGUCGAAGAGUUAGAUGAACAUCCAUGGUUAUUUUCUGCUCUGGCAUCAAUUUUAGUGGGUUUAAGUGGUAUACUGCCACUGCUGAUAAUCCCUAUAGACGAAACUGCAUCUUUCAAAGACGGAGCUGGUGCCGCAACACUGCGCGUGCUUCUGAGUUUCGCUGUAGGCGGGCUACUCGGUGAUGUCUUCCUACAUUUGUUGCCAGAAGCCUGGGAAAACGACUUAGCCAACAGAAAAGAAGGUGAACACGUGUCUCUAAAAUGUGGACUAUGGUGUCUCUUUGGCAUGCUAGUCUUUAUAAUAGUUGAGAAACUAUUCGCAGCUACAGACGAAGAAGAAGAAGAAUCGGAAAAGAAGAAACAGAACGGUGAUAUAAAACAGAUAGAGAUUGAAGAGAUCGAAAAACUUCUAGAGGUUGAAAGGAAACAGAGAGGCGUUAAAGGACCAGGCCUAUGUAACGGAACAGUGACAGCGGAACAACUGUAUGAUACGUGUGUGUUCAAUAAUAAUACUAAAGGGUCGGGAGAGGGCGGGUGUUGCAGUAUGGCGGCUGGCGCAGGCGCGGGGGGUGCAGGGGGCAGGUGCGGGGCGGGGGCGGGCGCAGGGGGCCGGUGGAUGGGCCGCUGUCUGCUACGAGAGGCUAGGGACAAGGCCGCGAAGGCCACCAAGACUAAACAGGACAAAAAGGACGUAGCUGGAUACUUGAACUUGAUGGCCAACUCUAUUGACAACUUCACACACGGUCUGGCGGUUGGUGGCUCCUUCUUGGUCGGUUUUCGUGUAGGAGUUCUAACCACAUUCGCCAUACUAGUUCAUGAAAUCCCUCAUGAGGUCGGUGAUUUUGCUAUACUAUUGAAGAGCGGGUUCUCGAGGUGGGAGGCAGCUAAAGCGCAAUUGGCGACGGCAUCAGCAGGUCUUAUCGGUGCGAUGACAGCUGUGAUUUUCAGUGGGGCUAGGAAUGCUAUAGAGGCUAAAACGUCCUGGAUAGUGCCAUUCACCGCGGGCGGAUUCUUGCACAUAGCUCUAGUGACAGUUCUGCCGGAUCUGUUGCGCGAGCAGGACAAAAAACAAUCGGCCACACAUCUGGCUUCACUACUCGCUGGAAUAGCGCUAAUGGCUAUAAUGACUCACUACUUCUGA